AUGCCAUCAGUUUCUUGUUCCAUCACUUGGGUCCUAUCUACUACCCCCUGUGGAAAAUGCUCCAAAAGAAUUCAGGAUUUCCUGCGGAUAUACCCCAAUGUGACCUUGGAAAUACACGCAGCCAAGCUGUUCAAGCACCUGGAUACGCGUAACCGGGAAGGUCUCAGGAACCUGGCAAAGGAUGGAGUCAUUAUACAUAUCAUGAAUCUUGCAGUUCCUCCCAAAGAAGCAGCCUUCCACUCGCUGAUUCCUUCUCCCUUGGCCAAAGUGCUCUGGCUUUAUGCCCUGGUGUGCUAUCUGUGA